UAUCGAUUUUUGACAAAUUGUCAUACCUAUAGACCUAAAUUCCAGUAGAAACAUGUCGGAGGCAAUUAAUAAAGCGCAAACUGAUAUCUACGAUGAAGAAUUUUUCAAUAAUUUGCAGCUGGCGAAACCGUUAGUGGAGGCAAUGGGAUUAAAAAAAGACAGACAUAUUUGCAAAAAGUGGAUCCAAAAAUUGUGUAAUUUAAAGUCUGACGAUCCUGUGGUCAAAAAAAACCGAAAUGCCUUCUUUAAAUAUAUGCUUCGUAUAAUACAUCGAGCCGCUGAAAAAGAGGCCGAAUUCCCAACUGUUGAUCCGGAAGAUGAUGAAAAACAAGAACUGACAUUUACCAGCAAAUGGUCCCAAGACAAUCGCACUUACAUUGCUGUUAAACCUUUGCCAGGACAAGGAGCCCUAAUCUAUAUGGCAGUUGCGUCAGAUCCCCAACUUGGUUGGGACCAUCCUUAAAUUUCUUCAUUCUUUAUUUUUUAUAUUCAUUAAUAUAUUUACGAAAACAAAUAUUUUUAUUUA